AUUGUGGCUGCAAAAUGGCGCAGUAAAAGGACGACAGCUAGGGCUUCGGUCGUGAAAGUACUAUCUGAUUGAUGAGGAUAUAUAGGUGGCAUGCGCACGUCUCUAAUGCAACUAUAAUUACAGUUGAGUUUGGUAUUCUCACUUAAAGGUGUUUGUGGCCUGCAUUUUUUUACUACGACUCUUUCAUUUAUAUUCUCCGCAGAAUACUUUAAAGCUAAAAGUAUACCAAAUAAUAGUUCAGUAUCGACGAAUCAGGUCAAAAUGAAGGUUGAAGCUCAGACUCCAUUCUCAAGUGCUUGCAAAGCUACACAAUGGGAUCCGGAAGCUAUACUGGGCAUUAUAAACCCAGAUCGAGGAUCCUUUACUUGCGUGGGCUACGCACCGUCCAUGCGGCGACAAUGCCGGAACCCGAUUGCGCGAAAUAAUCGUGACUUUGUGUACGGACUGCUCGAUCUCCUCGCCUUAAUGGGUCCUAGUAGCGGCAACUUUGCGACUCUGCUGGAAGAAGCGGCAUAUCGGUCUUUAUGUUGGCGGCACGGUAUCCAGGCUGACGACAUCGUGAAGAAGUGGGAAGCCAGUAUCGUUGCAUUAAACCUACCUGGCCCUGAGGCUAAGGGGAAAGGAAAGCAAUCCAAAAACCGCACAAAGGAGUCGCAGUCAACGCGCUCAUAUUAUACUCGCUACACGGAUGAGUAUGUCAAGACUAAGGCAGAGGAUAUGAAACAGAAAGAGCGAGAACAGGAUUGUCGGGAGGCUCAACAGGACCAGCAACGGAAGAAGAGGCAAGAGGAGCAAGACAAGGAGAAAUUGCAGCAGGAACGGCGAGACAAAGAGGCUCGCGAGCGAAGGCAACGUGAGGCACAGAAACGUGGAGAACGAGAGCAACAAGCGAGAGAGCAAGCCAUGAAGGAACGAAGAGAGUGGCAACAAGCGUGGCAAAAUUACGUGACUAAAUGGGCAGCUUUUAAAGAAGCCAAGCACGAGCCCUGUACAGUGCAACAAGCUCAAGCGCUCAUUCCGUGGCCAGUGAAAUCCGGCAGAUUUGGAGAUUUAACCAGAGAACAUGUUAGGGGCUUCUAUCGCGAGGCGUGCCCGGAUACGAAAACGACCGCGAUGUUUAAAACUAUGCAGCGUGAGAGUUUGAAGUGGCACCCGGAUAAAAUGGUUAACCUGUAUCGCAAUUGUGCACCAGGUGAUGCGGAUAAGAUGGUUAUUGGGAUGAUUUGCAGAGUUGUGCUUGAGUUAAGAGAGGAAGCGAAGGCGAUGAGAGAUGAGUGAUUAGAUACGUUACCAGUGUUUGUAAGUCUACUGAAGAUGGUAGUGUUGUGGUCUUUACCAGGCUAGGAUUGGGGCGGGGAACCAUGCUCUGAGGUAGAUAGGUUGGCGAACACCGCGACUAAGAUGUUUGCAGUCGGGAGAGGGAGUUGUUGCCAUUUGAUAGAACUCGAAAGCGGCAGCAGGCACAUGCAGGCGUAUUGCCUGAUUAAGGCGGGCACUAAACCCGAAGCUCGAACACCACGAUCUAGAUUAUAAGAUUAUAAAGUUACUAAUUACUAAAAAGGGUGUAAAAUAGGCUCAUAUUAAAAAUAUAGAAAAUGAAGAAGUUCUGAUAUUUAC